AUACUCUGGUCAGACUGCAGCACUGCCUCUUCCCGGAAUUGCAAACUUUCUCCUCCUUCGAAGGCGUCAACAUAAUUCAAACAGAUCGGAUUCACUCCCGGAGGCAUUGUUUUGCAAUCUGAAGAAAACGCAUCAUUCAUUUCUUAUUUUAAUGCAUUUAUUUACAUUUAUAUCACAUGAAGCUUCACUCAAAUUCACAAAGGAAGGCGUCUUUUAAAUAUCCGUGUUUUUUAUUUUAUUUUAUACAUCAUGGUUUUACGCUUAUUUCGUGCUGUCAUCAUGGGACCCCCCGGCUCUGGGAAAGGCACCGUGUCUGAGCGGAUUGUAAACAGUUUUGGAUUGAAACACCUUUCCAGUGGAGACGUUCUAAGGACCAACAUUAAAGCAAAAACAGAAGUAGGGCUGCUGGUCAAGUCUUACAUCGACCAAGGUCAGCUGGUGUCAGAUGAUGUCAUCACUCGGCUGAUCCUGCAUGACCUGAAGGGUCUGGAGCAAUGCAGCUGGCUGCUGGAUGGUUUCCCACGGACAGUGACGCAGGCAGAAUGUCUGGACACAGUUUACCAGAUAGACACUGUGCUAAACUUGAAUGUGCCUUUCGAGACCAUCAAAGAGCGCCUUAGCUCCCGGUGGAUCCACCUAGGAAGUGGCAGAGUAUACAACACCAACUUCAACCCUCCCAAAAUCCCUGGUUUAGAUGACGUUACUGGUGAGCCCUUGAUACAGCGGAAUGAUGACAAACUGGAGACUGUCACAAGGAGGUUAAAGUCCUACGAGACGCAGACCAGACCAGUCCUUGAGUAUUACAGGAACAAAGGGGUAUUGGAGACCUUCACAGGAACAGAAACCAACAAGAUCUGGCCUCACAUACAAACUUUUCUCUGCAGUAAAACCUCAGAUGGUGACCAGAAGGCUGCAGCUGGCAAAGCUUGAAAAAAUAGGCCGUUCUGAAGAAAUAAGAGGGAGGAUUACUCCAUGGUGUGAACAAACACAAAAGGACCACUCAUUGCUUGAGGGAGUAAGAUCCUUUCAUGGGGCCAAGACCACACCUGUGUUGGCUGAAACUAGAACUGAUGUUUUCUGUUAAUAAAUUGGGUGGGGGGACGACGACACUGCUCAAAAUAAAGAUCACAAUUAUAUUAAUGUUUCAAAUAUUACAUUGUUGAUUUAAGACUUUUUUUGUUGCUGUUAAUUUGAUUUUAUAAUCAUGUGUCCUAAUGAUUCCUGCCUUAGUACGCGCUAGCCAUUACUUUUUUUGUACACCCACAGAUUCUAUUAAAAUGUAUUUCUGUGCAUCACAUAAAUGCAAUGCAGCACAAAUGUAAUCACAGUCUAAACCAAGUUAAAACAUUUCUGUAGUGGCUUUGAUCAAACAACCUAUGUCACUAUUGCACACUUUAAAGUAAAAAGAUACUGUACCUGUAAAA